AUGGAGGAAAAUGCACUUAAGGAUGUCCAAAAACAAGGACUAAAAGCUCAAAAUGAACUUCCAACUAUAGUUGUGCGUGAGUUUGAGCCAGCGGACAAACCGGAGGUCCAGCAGAUCUUUUAUGAAGGGCUGAUGGAGAUGGUACCAGACACUGCCUUCAGAGGCUUGAGACAUCACCCUGAGAGUCUCCUGCUCUAUACUGCUAUGACUGUUAUAUGUUUUGUCAUCACCAUGUGUUGGUGGGUGAUAGGACUCCUCCCUGCAAUUGUGCUGUGUGGGCGCUACCUCUACAGCAGACAUGUGAUCCAUGGUUACCUGGAGCGCGCCAUGAGCAAAGACAUGGGAGACAUCGAAGGCUUUUAUAUGAAACCAUCAGACUCCUGUUUGUGGGUAGCAGUGCUGGAAGGCAAAGUGGUGGGUGUUGUAGCAGCAGUCGGCCAGCAGAAGUCGGGAGGUGCUGUCGAGUUGAAGCGGAUGUCUGUGGACCGGAGCUGUCGGCGGUGUGGAGUUGGCGUGGCACUGGGACGAAAGGUUCUGGAGUUUGCAGUCACUCACAGAUACGCCUCUGUUGUCCUGGGAACCACAGCAUACACACACGCUGCCCACAAGCUCUACCAGCGUCUGGGCUUCCGCUGUGUGGGGGUCACCAACGGGUAUGUCACACCUGGUGCGAGAUGGUCCUUACUAGAAGGAAUUUUCUACAGAGUCCGCCAUCAUCACUACAGCCUCCAUGUGCAAAAUGGAUAGAUAGAGAGAUAGAUAGAUAGAUAGAUA